AUGAACUCCUGUGAACUCACACUGGACACAAACACAUUGAACAGAGAGCUCAAAGUGUCCGACAACAACAGGAAGGUGACACGUGUGAGAGAGAAGUAGCCAUAUCCUGAUCAUCCACAGAGAUUUAACAUCUGGCCUCAGCUGCUGUGUGGAAACGUUCUGACUGGUCGCUGUUACUGGGAGGUCGAGUGGAGAGGAUUAGUUCAUGUAGCAGUGACUUACAGAGGAAUCAGAAGGAGAGGAGACAGUGUUGACUGUAUGUUUGGAAGGAAUGAUCAGUCCUGGAGUCUUCUCUGCUUUGAUGGUGGUUACUCUAUCUGGCACAAUAACAAACUAACACGCCUCCCCUUCUCCUCCCCCUCCCCCUCUGGUAGAGUAGCAGUGUAUGUGGAUUGUCCUGCUGGCUCUCUGUCCUUCUUCAGAGUCUCCUCUGACACACUGAUCCACCUCCAUACCUUCAGCACCACCUUCACUGAACCUCUUCAUCCUGGGUUUAUGUUCUGGUUACCUGCCUCCUCAGUGUCUCUGUGUCGUCUGCAGGAGAAGACAACUUCCAGUCCUGUGGUUUAGAUGUUGGUGGUGGACGAGGCUUCACUUUGCUUCACUGAUUGUGUCUUUACUGUCAGAUGUUGUUGUAUAAGAGAUGUUGAGAUGAUUUCCUCAGGGCUGAACUUGUUGUGUACAAACUGUUGACUUUGGUUCUGAGCGUUUCAGGCCGUUUGGAGUCCGGCGAUGUUUUGAACCUUUUUGGGACGACACUCGAUUAGUUAGAAAACAUUUGAUUAUUUAGACUGAGAUGCAACUUUGUCUCUUAAACAGUAAUGUAGUAUUAUAUAACACUCUUUCACAUCAUGUUGUCUCUAAAAGACAUUUUAUUGGGCAGUAAAGAUGAACUAUUAGAAGUUAACGCUCAUCGUGACGCUGAGGGGAACGUGAUGUUGGAACAUUAACAGAUGUUGAACUUGUUGUGACUUUAACAUUAAAACGUGGAAAACAAAGAAGUCACUGAGAAUUAAAUCCUUCAUCAUAA